AUGGGGCCCCUGUGUCCUUGCCCAAACUCAAACCCGAACUCAAAAAAGCCUAUGAAAAAGGUACCAGGGGCAUCUCAUGGGGCCCCUUACUGACCCCAGGCCCUCAGGCGGUGCCCGAGUGUCCCAAUGUUGUCAGUCCGCCCCUGCCCCCUACUGACCCUGGGCCCUUGGGCAGUGCCCGAGUUUCCAAAUGAUCAUUCUAAUCCCAUAUUACGACUUUCGGCUUUAACGUUUGUCAGUAGAUACAGCCAGGGGCGGACUGAUAACUCAUGGGGCCCCCGGGCAAUAGGGAUCAUGGGGCCCCUGUGUCCUUGCCCAAACUCAAAAAAGCCUAUGAAAAAGCCAGGGGCGGACUGACAACUCAUGGGGCCCCUGGGCAAUAGGGGAUCAUGGGGUCCCUGUGUCCUUGCCCAAACUCAAAAA